CAUCUUUGGUGGAGAGGCCGGAUCUGGGACCUUAGGGUACACAUUCACCAUUUCAAGCGCUUAGGAUAGAUUUGAUUCAUGAGCCCGGGGUCCUCUGUUUUUGCUGACACUACCGUUUUUCACUUCCCUACCCUCCCACACUUCCAAAAUCAUUAAGCAGGGAGCGCUCCGAGGUUUGGGUUCUUUGCGUCCACUUUGAGCUGGGUGAGGUUGACCCCUGGGUUAGAGCAUGGCUGCAUCCCUGGACCCUCAGCUGGACGCAUCCCUGGAGGUUGAGGGAUGCUUAAUAAUGAAGGUGGAGAAGGACCCCGAGUGGGCAUCGGAGCCCACUCUGGAAGGAUCGGAGAGCUCUGAGUCUGAGACCUUCCGCAAAUGCUUCAGGCAAUUCUGUUACGAGGACGUGACUGGACCCCACGAAGCUUUCAGUAAACUCUGGGAACUUUGCUGCCGGUGGCUGAAGCCCGAGAUGCGUUCCAAGGAGCAGAUCCUUGAGCUGCUGGUGAUUGAACAGUUUCUCACCAUUUUGCCGGAGAAGAUUCAGGCAUGGGCUCAGAAGCAGUGUCCGGAAAGCGGAGAGGAGGCGGUGGCCCUGGUAAUACAUUUGGAGAAAGAGACUGGAAGACUGAGACAGCAGGCUAGCAGUCCUGUGCACUCAGAGAAGCAGGUCCCACUGGGAGCAGCAUGGGAGGUAACGGACUUUCAGCCUGAGCGGGUGGAGACCCAACCCAGAGUCAUAUCCCUGGAGGAAGUUGGAGGCCUCCGUUCAGGACGGGAGGAGCAGCUGACCCGAAAGACGGAGCACCGGCCCUUCCCCAAGAACGCUCGGCCUUCUCCCUGGGCUCCUGCCCCUGCUACUGAAUGGAACAACAUAGGUCAGGAAGGAACAACCACACCACUACCUAUCGUGUCUCAGGGGCCAGCGAAAGAUGUCCGUGUGGCGAGAGGUCUUUCCUACAAGAAGAGCAUGCAUCAGCUUCCCGCUCACAGAGACCCGUACCGGGAUAUGAGGAAAGAGAGCGUUGGGAACAUGGCCUCCCCGGGAAGUACCAUGUCUGCAUCUAACAAGGUGGCCCGGUUGGAGCAAAGAAAGGAGCCAUGGGCCCUCGGUCUCCACUCUUCUAACAAAAGGAACAUUCUCCGAAGCAACUACGUCAAGGAAAAGCCGGUUCACGCUACUCAGAUCCCCGCGCGCGGUGUGGGCCGGAUGUGGGGCGAGCAGCAGCACUGGGGUUUGGAAGACGAAAAGAUAGCAGGCGUGCACUGGAGCUACGAGGAAACGAAGACGUUCCUCGCGAUUCUCAAGGAGUCUCGCUUUUAUGAAACGCUGCAGGCUUGUCCCCGGAACAGCCAGGUGUACGGGGCCGUGGCCGAGUGGCUGCGCGAGUGCGGCUUCCUCCGCACGCCCGAGCAGUGUCGGACCAAGUUCAAAAGUCUCCAGAAGAGCUACCGGAAGGUGAGAAACGGCCACGUGCUGGAACCCUGUGCCUUCUUUGAGGACAUGGACGCCCUGUUGAACCCCGCAGCCCAUGCGCCGCCCGCUGAUAAGCCAAAGGAGAUUAUCUCUCUCCCCAGACUAAAGAGAAUUGAUGUCAGUGCUAAAGAACAGACCGGUUUGUUGGAGGAGGAGGAAGCCGCCGAAGCCUCCGAUGGUGAUGAGAGGGGCGUGGCGUUCAUCCGGAAGUCUGAGAUCCGGAGCGCCCCUGUCUUGUUCCAGAACCUGAGCGGUGUGCACUGGGGCUACGAGGAAACCAAGACUUUCCUCGAUAUCCUGCGGGAGACUCGGUUUUACGAAGCCCUGCAGGCCUGUCAUCGGAAGAGCAAGCUGUACGGGGCUGUGGCUGAGCAACUGCGCGAGUGUGGCUUCCUCCGGACACCCGAGCAGUGCCGGACCAAGUUCAAAAGCCUCCAGAAGAGCUACCGCAAGGUGAAGAACGGUCACGUGCUAGAGUCCUGCGCAUUCUACAAGGAGAUGGACGCCCUGAUCAACGCUCGGGCCCCUGCCCCUUCCACCGACACCCCAGACGAAGUGCCGUCACCCUCCGCACAGGAAGGAGAGGCUGUUGAGAUGGAAGCCCAGGGACCCACAGGCUGGGAACCUGAGGAGACGUCACAGGAGGCAACAGGAGAAGAUUCUGGCAGUGAGAGAAUGAGUGAGGAGGAAAGCGUACCCGAGUCGGAAUUCCAGGGGCCUCCGGGUCUGCUGCAAAGCCCACGUGAUUUUGAAAUUGGGAAUAUCAAGGAGGAUGCAACACAGGUAAUGUACAAGGACAUGGAGCAGCAUCGUGCACUGAUAGAAAAGCCUACGAGGGUUGUUUCCCAGAAUGCUGACCCAGGCAAAUACCGCAGAAGGGAAUGCAUCUCAGGAAGACCGUGGGAAAGCCUGCAGGCAGUCAGACAGGGAAAGCCUGUGUCUCAGUCUCGAGAUUUAGGGAGAGCCGUAGUGCAUCCGAGGCCUUUCAUGGGGAGGAGACCCUCCCGGCUUCUCAAAUACGGAGAAGGCUUCAGGAACGCCCGCCUGAUGUGCCGGGUGACCCACCAGAAGGAAAAUCCUUACCAGUGCGGUGUCUGCGGGAAGUGCUUUGGCAGAAGCAGGAGCCUAAUCCGACACCAGCGAAUCCACACGGGAGAAAAACCCUUUAAGUGUCUUGACUGUGGGAAGAGCUUUAACGACUCCUCCAACUUUGGUGCCCACCAGAGAAUCCACACGGGGGAGAAGCCAUAUGGGUGCGGUGAGUGUGGAAAGUGUUUCAGUCAGAGCUCAAGCCUCAUCAUCCACCGGAGGACACACACCGGGGAGAAGCCAUACCAGUGCGGCGAGUGCGGGAAGGGCUUCACCAACAGCUCCCACUUUAGCGCCCACCGCAGGGUGCACACUGGCGAGAACCCCUACAGAUGCGCAGACUGCGACAGAAGCUUCAAUAACUGCACGAGAUUUCGGGAACACCGGAGGGUACACACCGGGGAGAAGCCCUAUGGAUGCACCCAGUGUGGCAGACGCUUCAGUAAGAGCUCUGUCCUCGCCACGCAUCGGGAGGCUCAUUUGAGAGAGAAGCUUCUGCCGCAUGCCCCGUCCACCUGUCCCCCCGAGAACCCGCCAAAGGGAAAGACUGAUGAGCUCAGGAAAGCUUUUUGA